UUCUAGCUUUGCCUUCUUCUUCCUCUUCCUCCUCUCCCUCUGAUUUUCUCUGUUCCUCGGUCUCUCGAUCCGUCCAUCGAAUCUCUCUCCGACCAAUGACUAUGAUGACUCCUCCGCCGCUCGAUCAAGAGGACGAGGAGAUGCUCGUGCCGCAUUCUGAUGUGGUCGAGGGCCCUCAACCCAUGGAAGUUGCCCAACCUGCUGAGCCGGCGAGCACUGUGGAGAACCAACCCGUCGAGGACCCUCCCACUCUGAAAUUCACCUGGACUAUCGCGAAUUUCUCGAGGUUGAACACCAGGAAGCAUUACUCUGACAUAUUUAUCGUCGGAGGUUACAAAUGGCGAAUAUUAAUUUUUCCAAAAGGAAACAAUGUUGACCAUUUGUCCAUGUACUUGGAUGUUGCUGAUUCUACAACUUUGCCGUAUGGGUGGAGCAGAUAUGCACAAUUCAGCCUGGCUGUAGCGAAUCAAAUCCAUAACAAAUAUUCUAUUAGAAAGGAGACUCAACAUCAAUUCAAUGCAAGAGAAAGCGAUUGGGGGUUUACGUCAUUCAUGCCUCUCAGCGAACUCUAUGACCCUAGUAGAGGAUAUUUAGUGAAUGAUACUGUUGUGGUUGAAGCUGAAGUUGCUGUACGUAAGGUUCUUGAUUACUGGUCAUACGACUCAAAAAAGGAGACUGGUUUUGUCGGACUUAAGAACCAAGGUGCAACCUGUUACAUGAAUUCUCUCCUACAGACACUGUACCAUAUACCUUAUUUCAGAAAGGCUGUCUACCACAUGCCGACGACUGAGAAUGAUUUGCCCACAGCAAGUAUCCCGUUGGCUCUUCAAAGUUUGUUUUACAAACUUCAAUAUAACGACACUAGUGUUGCCACAAAGGAACUGACAAAGUCGUUUGGUUGGGAUACAUAUGAUUCUUUCAUGCAACACGAUGUCCAAGAACUCAACCGAGUUCUAUGUGAAAAGCUUGAGGACAAAAUGAAGGGAACAGUUGUGGAGGGAACAAUACAACAGUUAUUUGAGGGUCAUCAUAUGAAUUACAUUGAGUGCAUAAAUGUAGAUUACAAAUCCACACGAAAAGAAUCGUUUUACGAUCUCCAGCUUGAUGUUAAAGGGUGCAAGGAUGUUUAUGCUUCUUUUGACAAGUAUGUCGAAGUUGAACGCCUUGAAGGAGACAACAAAUACCAUGCAGAAGGACAUGGUUUGCAGGACGCCAAGAAAGGUGUUCUAUUUAUAGAUUUUCCACCAGUUCUUCAACUUCAGUUGAAGAGGUUUGAAUAUGAUUUUAUGAGGGACACCAUGGUGAAGAUAAAUGAUCGAUAUGAAUUUCCUCUUCAACUGGAUCUUGAUAGAGAGAACAGAAAGUAUUUAUCCCCUGAAGCAGACAGGAGUGUCCGCAAUCUGUACACACUUCAUAGUGUCUUAGUCCAUAGUGGAGGAGUGCAUGGUGGUCACUAUUAUGCCUUUAUAAGGCCAACACUCUCUGAUCAGUGGUAUAAAUUUGAUGAUGAGCGAGUAACCAAGGAAGAUAUGAAAAGGGCCUUGGAGGAGCAGUAUGGUGGUGAGGAAGAGUUGCCACAAACUAAUCCUGGUUUCAAUAACCCUCCUUUCAAAUUCACGAAGUACUCGAAUGCAUACAUGCUUGUAUAUAUUCGUGAAAGUGAUAAAGAUAAAAUAAUUUGCAACGUCGAUGAGAAGGACAUUGCGGAACAUCUAAGGGUGAGGCUGAAGAAAGAACAACAAGAAAAGGAAGAUAAGAGAAGAUACAAGGCACAGGCACACCUUUUCACCAUAAUUAAGGUUGCUAGAGAUGAAGACCUUACUGAACAAAUUGGGAAGGAUACAUAUUUUGAUCUUGUUGAUCAUGACAAAGUUCGCAAUUUCCGAAUCCAGAAACAGACACCCUUUCAACAGUUUAAGGAAGAGGUUGCCAAAGAGUUUGGUGUCCCAGUUCAGUAUCAGCGUUUCUGGAUCUGGGCAAAGCGGCAAAACCAUACUUAUCGUCCCAAUCGACCCCUAACGCCUCAGGAGGAAUUACAGCCGGUUGGACAAAUAAGAGAGGCAUCAAACAAGGCAAACAAUGCAGAACUGAAGCUGUUUCUGGAAGUAGAGCGUGGGCCGGAUUUGCGUCCUAUUCCUCCUCCAGACAAGUCCAAAGAUGAUAUUCUUCUUUUCUUUAAGCUUUAUGAUCCUGAAAAGGCAGAAAUAAGAUAUGUUGGCCGACUCAUGGUGAAAAGUUCCAGCAAGCCUAUGGAUAUUAUUGAAAAACUGAAUGAAAUGGCUGGCUUUGCUCCUGAUCAAGAAAUAGAACUUUUUGAGGAAAUAAAGUUCGAACCUUGUGUAAUGUGUGAACAUCUGGAUAAGAAGACUUCGUUCAGAUUGUGCCAAAUUGAAGAUGGAGAUAUCAUUUGUUAUCAGAAAGCUCUGACUAACAAAGAUAGUGAAUGCCAAUACCCUGACGUGCCUUCAUUUUUGGAGUAUGUCCAAAAUCGACAGCUGGUUCGAUUCCGUUCUCUGGAAAAAUCGAAAGAAGAUGAGUUUGUUCUGGAGUUGUCUAAGCUGCAUACCUAUGAUGAUGUUGUGGAAAGAUUGGCUCAUAAGCUUGGUUUGGAUGAUUCAUCCAAAAUUAGACUUACAUCUCACAAUUGCUACUCCCAGCAACCCAAGCCUCAGCCUAUAAAGUACCGUGGAGUAGAACAUUUAUCUGAUAUGUUAGUCCAUUACAAUCAGACAUCUGAUAUUUUGUAUUAUGAAGUUCUGGAUAUUCCUCUUCCAGAAUUGCAAGGACUUAAGACUCUAAAAGUUGCUUUCCACCAUGCCACAAACGAUGAAGUGGUUAUCCAUAAUAUCAGACUACCUAAACAAAGCACCGUUGGAGACGUUAUAAAUGAACUUAAGUCAAAGGUGGAGCUUUCUCAUCCAGAUGCAGAACUCAGGUUGCUUGAGGUGUUUUACCACAAAAUCUAUAAGAUCUUUCCAACGACUGAAAGAAUUGAGAAUAUCAAUGACCAGUACUGGACUUUGCGGGCUGAGGAGGUUCCUGAAGAAGAGAAGAAUAUCGGUCUCAACGCUCGCUUAAUCCAUGUCUACCACUUCACUAAAGAAUCGGGGCAAAAUCAGAUGCAAGUACAAAAUUUUGGUGAACCCUUCUUCUUGGUAAUCCACGAAGGUGAAACUUUAGAAGAAAUCAAGACCCGUAUCCAAAAGAAGCUGCAUGUUCCCGAUGAGGACUUUGCCAAGUGGAAAUUUGCUUUUAUGUCGAUGGGACGACCCGAGUACUUGCAGGACACAGAUGUGGUCUAUAAUCGCUUUCAGAGAAGAGAAGUAUACGGUGCAUGGGAGCAGUACCUUGGGUUGGAGCACUCUGACAAUGCUCCUAAGAGGGCUUAUGCCGUGAACCAGAACCGACACACGUAUGAGAAGCCGGUGAAAAUAUACAAUUAGAGAACCGAUCACCCGAUAAUACACGCUGCGCUAUCGGUACAUACCCAACGAUGAGGCCAUCUAUAGAAGGAAGAACCCGGAGAGAGGGGUGGGGGGUAUUUGAUGUGAGUGUUUGUGAUGGCUUUAGGGUCUAGAGGAUUUGAUUCGAUACACAGAUAAUAUCCGGUGGCAGUUGGGUUUUUUCUUCUUCGUUUUGUUUUCGGUUUUCCUCUGAAGAAGUUGUGUGCUUUAUUUAUUUUGCUUUUUUGUUGGUUGUCAAUAUGAAGAUAUGUGAGAAUUAAGGACACUGAAAAUCUCCAUUUUCGGACGGAGGGAAAGCGUUGGUUGGCUUUCCGGUUUGUAGAUACCCGGACGUUGUAAUUUAGCGGUUGGAGGAGGAGGGAGAGAGGGCGAGAACUUGUUGGGGGAUCUCUGUAUUUGCAGGUAUAGUUUGGUCUCUUUUGCAAGUUCCAAUAAUAUUUAUUUUUCAAGCUC